UUAGUACACGUGUGAAACUAAAAGCUGAUUUACUUGUCUCACCCAGCCUGCAGCCUGUGUGUUUAAAGGAGGGAAAGCCACAAGGUCAUUUACUGGUUGGUGGAAGAAAAAAAGGAAAAGGAGGAGCUAUUCUCACUGAGACCUGCCCCCCUUACUCUCUUUCCUCCUAUCCCUGAGCUCCCAGUCUCACACAGAGCACAUGGCUGCAUGAUUUUGAAAGUGGCAUGGUGGUGCAGGAAGCAUGUGCGCGUGUGCAGACACUCCCAUGUCAAGUGAAGCAGAGUCAGGGAAGCAGAUUGUAAGCCUAUGGCUCGAGCAUAUGGUUAAUGCUUGUGUGGAGGAGAAAGGAAGGGGGGAUGCAUAACCACAUACACACACACACACUGUGGUCACAAUGGACUCACAGUUUAUGAGAGGAUAGAGGGAAGAGGAGAGCUUCCUGGUUUUGGUUCUGAACAAGAUUGCAUACAUCUACAUUUCCUGAUUCCUGCCUCCAUCAUGUCGCUGCUGACUCACACGCUGGCGUGCCUGUUUGGUAUGGGCUCCUGGGUGGCCAUCAACGGGAUGUGGGUGGAGCUGCCCCUGAUCGUGCCCCAGAUCCCAGAGCAGUGGUAUCUGCCAUCGUACCUCACAGUCAUCAUCCAAAUGGCCAACAUAGGUCCUCUCUUCAUCACUUUGAUGCACCGCUUCCGCCCAGGGGUGCUGGAUGAGCGGCCGGUCAUCUACUGCAUUGUCGGGUUGGGCAUCGUUGCUACAUUCCUGCUGGCUUUCUUCUGGAAACACACUGUGACAAUAGGGGACUCUUUGCACAGUGUGCCCCUGCUGGUAUUAAGCUUCCUGCUGUCUGUGGUGGACUGCACCUCCUCUGUUACCUUUCUGCCUUUCAUGAUGCGGCUGUGUCCGCAGUACCUCACCACGUACUUUGCAGGCGAAGGCCUCAGUGGUCUGGUGCCCGCACUGGUGGCUCUGAUUCAAGGUGUUGGUGUAGCCCACUGUCAGAAUGCCACUUUGACUGGUGCAGCCAACACACCCACUAAUAAUGCCACUAUUGUUGGCAGUGGAGAGCUACAAGCCAUCUACCAGCCAGCUAAAUUCUCUGCCCAGGUGUUCUUUGUGUUCCUCAGUGCCAUGAUGGUUGUGUGCCUUGUAGCCUUUAUCCUACUCAACCAUCACCCAUCUGUGGCUCGAGAGAGAAACAACGACCUGUACUUCAGUGGUGACAUGGCCCCUGGGAAGAGAGAACAAGGUCUGUCCCUGGACAGCCGGACACCAGAGCAGAAACCUAUGCUCAGCCCUCUGGAAGCCGUCAGGAGGGAACCAAGAAGCACUUUUGGUAUGGGGACGUAUAGUAAUCUGGAGGUGGUGUUCAUCUUUGUUGUACUGGCUUGGGUCAAUGCUCUGACCAAUGCAGUGCUGCCCUCGGUCCAGUCCUACUCCUGUCUGCCCUAUGGGAACCAGGCCUACCAUCUAGCUGCCACCCUGGCAGCUGUCGCUAACCCAGUGGCCUGCUUCAUCGCCAUGUUUGUGCCUAUUAGGUCUCUCACCUUCAUGGGUUUCUUGACCAUGAUUGGGACUGGAUUCGGAGCCUACAUCAUGGCCAUGGCUGCCCUCAGUCCAUGCCCCCUGCUGGUCCACAGUGCCUCCGGAACGGCAGUCAUAGUGCUGGCCUGGGUCCUGUUUGUCCUCACUCUGUCCUACGUGAAGGUGAUCAUUGGGGUGAUCCUGAGGGAUGAGGGCCACAGUGCCCUCGUGUGGUGUGGAGCAGUAGUGCAGUUGGGCUCCAUGGUUGGUGCUGUUGGCAUGUUCCCAUUGGUCAGUGUAUAUGGACUGUUCAAGUCAGGUGAUGCCUGCAACACCAAAUGUCCAAUGUAGUAAAUAAAAGUUCAAGUUUAAGUUAAACACUGCUGUACCAAACUGAAAAAUAAUCGGCGCUUAUUUUCAAUGCACUGAACUCACUGCAGUCGUUCGUUUUACAUAUUCCUCUUUGCGUCAACAGAUCUGAGAGCUCAGCGCUAUUUAUUGACUUAGGGCGUGCUGUACAGCACAAGGCUCAAAUUACACUAACAUAAUCAAUGUGUCAGAUCAUACAGGUGUAUUUUGUCUUUCUCAAUUCAGAGGUCAAUGCCAGAUUACUUGAACCGUUAAUAUGAUGUGAGAUUAUAAGAACCUACAGCACUUUUGGCUUUAAAAGGUGCCUUCCUUUGAGAAGAUUUGUGCUUUGGUGUACCUGGUUGUACAUUGUAACUUCCUUUGUAUAUGCUUCUUGUGUGGAGAAAUUGUUACAAUACCAAAUAAAACAUGUCUUAUUGCUA